AUGGCUCCUGAUCUUGAAUCCCACUCGCACCCAAUUAAGGAGACCAAUCCCGACGAUAUUGAGGCUUUCAAAGUUUAUUUCGAGUUAGAUGAUAUCACAAAUCCCAAGAAUUUCAGCACACGCUACAAGAUAUGGCUGGUCUUCCAAAUGAGCAUGCUCGCGAUGACAGGUGCUCUCGGCUCCUCAAUCAUCUCUCCUGGGUCGACACAGAUUGCAGGAUAUACAAGUGUUAGCACCGAGGCGACAUCUUUGACCGUGGCUUUAUUUGUCUUGGGUUGGGCCUUUGGCCCUAUGAUAUGGGCGCCCGUUAGUGAAAUGUACGGCCGUCGAUUGGGCAUGCUACCCGCCAUCUUUGUCCUAGGUCUCUUUAGCAUUGGUACUGCAACAAGCAACAAUGCCGAAUCCAUUUUCCUGACUCGGUUCUUUGGCGGGAUCUUUGCGUCCGCGCCAAUUAGUAAUGUGCCUGCGGCUUUGGGGGAUAUGUUUGCUCCGGCAACACGGGGAAAUGCGAUGACAUUUGUGGCAUUGUGUAUCACAGGGGGUCCUACCCUUGGACCCAUUAUUGGUUCUGCUUUGACGGUCAAUCGCAAUUUGGGAUGGCGCUGGACCGAGUAUAUGGAAGCCAUCAUCGCAUUCUUUCUAUUCGCCCUCUGUGCACUAUUUCUCCCUGAAACAUAUGCUCCAGUUCUUCUCAAACUAAAAGCACAGAAAUUACGCAAGAGUACAGGGGACGAGCGAUACUGGCAUCCUCACGAGAAGGAGAAGAUCGAAAUGCACAACAUUGUCACUAAGCACCUUGCCCGACCAUUAGUGUAUGAGUCCGCUCUCUACUUGCAGAAACAGGGUGUUGAUUAUAUUCUUGUUAGGAUGCUAUUCACCGAGCCAAUGGUCACUCUACUUGCCCUUUACGCCUCCUUCACGUACAGCCUGAUCUAUUUGACCCUCGAAGUAUUCCCCAUCGUCUUUCACGAGGAUCGACACUGGACUCUGAUUAUAUCAACCCUUCCUUUCCUAUCAAUCCUAGUUGGAGUCAUUUGUGCGGUGAUGCUUAAUUUUGCCAAUCAGCCACGUUAUCAGCGCGCGGUAAAGGCAAAUGGUGGGAAGGCAGUACCUGAAGCUCGUCUUCCUCCCAUUGUUAUUGGAGGUGUCUUGCUGUCAGUGGGUCUAUUUUGGUUUGGCUGGACCGCAGCUCCAAAGUAUCCUUGGCCAUCGCCAGUGGUAGCAGGAGGUUUCAUAGCAGCAGGCUUCAAUAUCGUUUUUCAACAAUGUCUUAACUUUCUGGUCGAUACCUAUGGCCCAUUCGCUGCCAGUGCUGUGUCUGCAAACACAAUUCUUCGGUCUAUACUUGCAUGCGCGAUGCCUAUUGCCGCCCGACCUAUGUUUGAGAAUUUGGGCAUCGGACCUGCGGCUAGUCUACUGGGGGGUAUCUCGUGCUUGGCUCUACCGGUUCCUUUGCUGUUCAUCAGGUAUGGCGAGGCAUUGAGGACCAAAUCUAAAUUCACCCCGGGACGCGAUGCAUAA